AGUCUCAAGGUCAUAAUGUCGCAGCCUUUUGCUCCUCUGCCGUACAGAACAGAUCAUCGUAAGAGAUGUCUUGCUACAUUAUCACUCAUUUGUGAUGAUGAAUCUUUAUCAGAUGCACAAAUAAAGGCUUAUCAAACACGCCUACAAGAAUACCGCACAUUUUUGGAUGCAGUCAGUCGCCUUGCGCUUUGUAGCAAUGUAUGCGUGACAGAAGAGGCUGUCACAAUAGGAGAGCAUGGUUUACUAACUGGAGAGUCCUUAAACGCACUUCAACAUGCCGGGGCGAUAUCUGUGUAUAAUACGCUGCAGCAAAAUAAUUGGGAAUUUCCUAUUUCUGAAGGUAGACUUCUAUGUUACAUUAAUUUUCAUGUUUCAGAGGGUGAAGUAGCCAUAGUUAAGGCUCAUGUUCCUAUUCCUGAUGAGUUUUUAGAUUCUGAAAAACCUAUUCGUUCUGACUGGCCCGCAGUUCAUAUUUCAGAAUGCUUUGUUGAAGGUGAACGAGCAAAACUCCACGGUUCUGUCCGGCCACUACGAACUUUCUUACCGCCUACUAUUGUUUUUCGUAAUGCUGCAGAUGUAGAUGAAGAUGCUCCAGAACCAGAAGUCAAUAUAAUAAAUUCUGGUCCAGAAGGAAGCAUUGAAAUAGUUCAAUCAUUUAAGGGUUUAUCAGUUAAAAAGCCAUGUAAAGAUGGUAAAGGAGUUAAGUACAUUCCAAUCGACGAGUAUUAUUUUGGGCGCCAAGAUGGAAAUGCUGAUUAUGUGGAAGAAAAAGGUGAUUUCAGAUUUAAAUGUGCGGUUUGUCAACGGAUUUUCUACUCAAAUACGAAAUUAAUGUCUCAUAUUCUUGGUCAUGUUGAUGAGGCUUCACAAGCUUGCCUAGACACUGCAGAUACUACACAAUGUUCCGUUUGUAAUCAAAUGUUCUCUUGUGCUUUUGAUCUAAGAGAUCACAUUGAAAAAGAGCAUACUGUUCCGCCUUCUGAUUCAAAUUUGGUAGAUGAUGAAGCAAAAGCGAACCCCCUUGUUCAAAUCACCUCCCAGCUACUAACUCAACAACGAAUAGGAGAUGGUCAUGAUGAUCCUGUCAGUAAUUUUGACCAUAUGGAGAUUUUAGCACCAAACUUUAAUGGUAUCACAAAUACACCCAGUUGCCGCAUUUGUGGGAAAGUUUCUACCAGCAAAUUACUAUUAGCACAUCACCUUCAGUCCACUCAUCGUCAACGUGAAAUGCCUUAUGUUUGUCGCCUAUGCUUGUUUCGAUCAUCUAUGUAUGAAGACAUACUGGAUCACUUCAAAAAGAUGCAUGAUAGCUCAAACCAUUUACUUUGUACCUAUUGUCUUCGUAUAUUUACCCCUUCGGAUGCGCGUUCGAACACUCAACCAGUUUGUCUGUCAGCUUCUGGUGGGAUAAGUACUGUAGGCCUUGGUUUAGGUGUUGGUCAGACGCAAGUUUAUCUUCAACAUUUACGUCUGCAUCAAAUCAAACACCAACUUCGUCGAUGUCCAACGUGCCGUUUAAAUUUCACUAAUAAAUCAGACUACCAAGUACAUCGACGCCUAGAUCAUAAAGCCACAAGAGACCUAGGUACUGAGAAGCCAGAUCUUCGUCAAGAUUCAUAUGAGCUAGAAUGUUAUCAAACAAAACAGCAUACGACCCAGGCUACUGAGAACUUCGGCGACCACAACACAUCCAUAGAUUCGAUUCGUAUAGUUCGACCACAUGUAACAUCAAUGAAUGCUCCGGAGGCUGGUUGUGCAAAAAACUUAGCUAUAAACUUCUUACCUGAGAAUAUUGAGAGUUUGGAAUGUCUGGAAUGUGGAAAACGUAUGGGUGAUUCUGAACAUGCGCAAUAUUUACCGUGUUCCGUGUGCAGAUUUGCAACAUGCUGUAGUGUUGGCUUUCAGCGUCAUUUUCAAAAACUUCAUGUCUAUUCGAAUGCUUCUCAAUCAACAGAUCUUGAUUGUGGUAUGCCAAUGGUUCGUCAGAUCUUUUUCGACUGGUGCAAUGAAUACAAUCUUCCAUGCAACGACAAUGCGUCAUCGGGACUAGCGACUGUUUCAGGUGAUCGACAAGAUCUUGUCGUAAAUGAGAUUACGGAUUUGACACCUAGUGAUAUGGGAAAUUUUACAACAAUUGUCUUUACUGACGAAUUGGGCAAUGUUGUGAAUGUACCAGAAACUGAGAUGCAAAGUUUAACGAAGCAGCCUAACCCGAAUGACUCUAUAAGAAGAUAUAUGGAAAGUCAAGUCGACUCACGACUUCUAUACUGUUCACACUGUGGAACAAGUAACCUAGAUGGCAAUAGUCUUGCACGACACCUUGUUGAAGAAUGUGGAACACUAACUGCAACGCUGCGUCCAGACAUGUCAAUAUCAUUUGCACAGACAGAAGCUAGACAAAGUGAAGCUUCUGAAAAACAUCAAGAGUCGGAUCGAAAUGAAGUAGGUUGAUACCUUAUCGUCUUUUAAACUUUUUACGAAUUUAGAUUACUGAAAAUCACAAAUGAAGUCUUAGCCGAGUAGAAAUACAAAAAAGAUCUUGACUAUUUAGGUAUGAAUUCUUAAUCAGCGGCAUGUUUCAUGAGUGUUCUUUUUUUGUGACCUUCGACUAUGAUACUGACACACAAACUUCUUAUAUGCGAACCUAAAACUGAACCGAGGCAUACCGCACACUUAGAAAAUUGAGCUCUAGUUACAUAUUGUUCUUAAUUCUUUACGGUUCCCAACUUGUUUUACUUUCUGAUACUCCUCUCUAUAUUCACCGUGGUCACUCUUUGCAACCUACAACCGCGUUUAACUUGUUAAUUAUUAAAAAGUAUUUUUGUUUAUACUAAAACAUGACAAAAAAUAUAAAAAAUGCCCGGUUCGGAAUACAUUCGCACUAGCGGUAGUUGAUUAAAAUAUAUGAUCAGUUUGAAUUGUAGGGUAAAGAAGCUCAUUAACACAUCAGCGACAGUCCACCCGCAAGAGAUUAAUGUGCCAUGUAAGGCAAGAUUGGUUAUAUUCUGGAUUAAGAUACAGGUACGAUAUGGGCUUCGUAAGUAAAUUAUACAUCCAGUCAAGUUCACUGUCCUCACAUUUUUGUUCGGCUUAACCUAGACACUUCUAUUUGUUCAUCUGAAUUAUAGGCAUGACUUUCUGAAUGUUCCCAGUGAAGCCCCAUUUCCUUUCCUCCACAUAAUAGAAUAAUGAAGUUCUAAUGGGAUUGUGACUCAGUCGAAUCACAUAAUAAAAUGCAAAACGAUUCAUCUAACAUGACAAGGUAGUAAUGAAACAUAAUUCCGGUGCAUUCGGUACUGUAAUUUGUUGGCGCGUAUGUGAUUACAAAGAUUGCACUUCCCACAUUCACAACUAUUAGUGGGAGUGUAGUCAAAUACAUCGGCCCUAGUAGAGUCACACUGACGUCAAAUAACAAGUUUACAUGGUUUCCGGAUGUAUAUGGGACACUUUCCAAACCUACAUUCAGAGAACAAUUAUGAAUUCCCAAGGUGUGAUAAACAUCAACAAAGUAUCUUUCUAAAAACAACUAGACAUGUCCGUCUGACCUACGUUCAAUUGGCAUGUGUAAUAUCACAGUGCUGCUUAAUAUAUCACAUUCAGUUAUAAAUUUCUGAACGCAAUCAUUUAGCAUCUUAGUGAAGUCUAAAGAUGUCAGAAAUCUCAAGAUGAGCCGCUGAAGUAUACAAUCGGGUUUAAAAACGUAAAUUGUAAGAACUAGUAUAUGAGAAAAGCAGUCCAUAAUCGUCCUUUUCUUACUUAGUACGCUUCUAUCUUUAGCUGUUUCUGAUAACGUCCCAAGUUUAUGGCGGAAGUAGGAAUCAAGACAUAUGAUGAAGCCGUUGCCCCACAUAGACCAAAUUAACUCAAUAUUUCAAGAUUCACCGAGUUCGGUUGCAAGUGGUAUGAGAUAUUCUAGUUUUCCACUUUAAAUAUCCUACUACUUCUUAAUGGUCUAUAUAUAGCUAUCUGUUGUGCCCCGAUAAACAUAAUGAAUAACUUUGGGGAUCAAUUUAUGAACAAAUACUAUGCAUAUAAUUUUGUCGUAUAAUUGUUAGGUAACUAAACUAUUCAUACCCCUCUUUAUUUUGACCUAUGAACUAUUAUUAUACGAUUAACCAUUCUUGAAUCAUGCCCUAUCUAUUAAUUACUACUUCGCACGUUCACAGCUACAUUUGGCUAAUUCUUGUACAAAUGUUGCUUUCGAUUUUAUGGUAUGAUGUGGUCUGUAUGGUUGGUAUAUAAACCUAGUAUGUUUGAAAUAAACGAUUCAUAUCGCAGAAGCUGAUAUUGGUGUUCUGGACUUAACUGGCUGGGCUAGGCAUGAAGCAGGACCGAUAAGUACUCUAGACUACUCACACGGGUUUUAGGCGUCAUUGGUCCGAUCGAUAAUUCACUGCUCUCUAAUUGACGGUAUCGUUACGUUAUACAUGAACAGGGCACACAAGUAACAUGUUAAAACAGUAUCAAUCUAGCAAAAUAUUAUUUCACGCUAACUCGUAAUAUAUAUUUCAUUUCAGAGUGAUAACCCAUAUGGAACUACAGAUCAGAAGAUUAUCAUGAUUAGUGAACCUUCCUUAUUGUCUACAUCAACUACCAAUAUUUCCGAUAAUGAUGUGGUUAUGAUGACCGUUGAUACAGACCAGGCACAUUCUAUGCGACUUAUUGAGUCACAAGAAGAUCAAACAGCCAUGCUCGGCGGAACUCAGAUUACAACUCAAAGCGAUGGAACAACCACCAUUGAUGUAACUGAUGAAGGUGGUGAAGUGGUACAACAAUUUAUACUUCCUGAUGAUCUUCAACUUGAAGAAGGUCAGACAUUAGUAAUGAUUCAAGGUGAAAAUGGUCAACCUCAACUAGCAAUUGUAAAUCAAGCUGACUUAAUAAACGAUAAUAAUUCAGAAAUAUUAGUACAGACUGAGAAUGGUGAAGCUAAUGAUAUCCUGAUUUACACUAAUAUUGUGCAAUAAAUGACAUUAAAAUUGGUGAUAUAGGAUGAUUGAUACGUUCUUCUUUUGUAUAACCAAUACAUUUUCCAAACAAUAUAUCAUUAUUAUCACCAAUCAAUUGGACUUGAUUAAUCAAUAAAAUAUUGAUUUUAUCGAAUAUAUUCGAGAAUAAAUUAGUAGCUAAUUGUAAUAAUGAUAAAUAUUCAUUCAUAUUCCUAUAUUGAUCAUUGAAUAACCAUUCAAUAUAAUAAUGAAUAGACU